AUGACUGCAACUUUAGAGCGCCGCGCAAACGCGACAGUAUGGGGACGUUUUUGUUCAUGGAUUACUUCAACUGAGAACCGUUUAUACAUCGGUUGGUUCGGAGUAUUAAUGAUCCCUACUCUUUUAACAGCAACUUCUGUAUUCAUCGUAGCUUUCAUCGCUGCACCUCCAGUGGAUAUCGAUGGUAUUCGUGAGCCAGUAUCUGGAUCACUUAUGUACGGAAACAACAUCAUCUCUGGUGCUGUAAUCCCUACAUCUAACGCUAUCGGACUUCACUUCUACCCAAUUUGGGAAGCAGCUUCUCUUGAUGAGUGGCUUUACAACGGUGGACCUUACCAGCUUAUCGUAUGUCACUUCUUCAUCGGAAUUUGUUCAUACAUGGGUCGUGAGUGGGAGCUUUCAUUCCGUUUAGGAAUGCGUCCUUGGAUCGCAGUAGCUUACUCAGCUCCUGUAGCUGCAGCAACUGCUGUAUUCCUUAUCUACCCAAUCGGACAGGGUUCUUUCUCUGACGGAAUGCCUCUCGGUAUCUCUGGAACUUUCAACUUCAUGAUCGUAUUCCAGGCUGAGCACAACAUUCUUAUGCACCCAUUCCACAUGCUUGGUGUUGCUGGUGUAUUCGGUGGUUCACUUUUCUCUGCAAUGCACGGAUCACUCGUAACUUCAUCUCUCAUCCGUGAGACAACUGAGAACGAGUCUGCAAACGCAGGAUACAAGUUCGGACAAGAAGAAGAGACUUACAACAUCGUAGCUGCACACGGUUACUUCGGACGUCUUAUCUUCCAAUACGCUUCAUUCAACAACUCACGUUCACUUCACUUCUUCCUUGCAAUCUGGCCUGUAAUGGGAAUCUGGUUCACAGCUCUUGGUAUUUCUACUAUGGCUUUCAACCUUAACGGUUUCAACUUCAACCAGUCUGUAGUAGAUUCUAACGGACGUGUAAUUAACACAUGGGCUGAUAUCGUAAACCGUGCUAACCUCGGUAUGGAAGUAAUGCACGAGCGUAACGCUCACAACUUCCCUCUUGACCUCGCUUCAGUUGAAGCUCCUUCAAUCAACGCAUAG